CUUCGCUCACAUGGAUUGAUUGAUUCUUUCUACAAGAGCUGUGGACUACCUUUGCAUCUCCCUAUAGCCAUAGCAUCUCUGAAAUUCACCAUGUCAUACUCUGGCCCCAAGCCCCCCUCAAUCCCGCAAUGGCAACAGCGGAAUUCUACUCCGUCGCCAACAUCCGAUAAGGAGGACAAUACCUCCCGAGCAGCCCUGGUAGCACAGGCAUCGAAAUUCCUGGAAGACGAUUCAAUUCGGGAUGCGUCCAUGGAUCGCAAGAUCUCCUUUCUUGAAUCCAAGGGUCUAACCGCCCCUGAAAUCGAAGGCUUGUUGGGCGUGUCGCGAAACCCCGAGGCCACCACCUCCACCACUCCCGGCACAGAAACCUCAACUGCGAGAUCCCCCUCCAGUUCUCCAGGAACCACUCCUGCUUCGCCUAGCGGUCGAAUCGCCACUCCCUCAACCGCACGCGAUGUGCCCCCCAUCAUCACAUACCCGGAAUUCCUCGUCCACCAAUCCAAACCCCCACCCCUCGUCACCCUCCAAAGCGUGCUAUACACCCUCUAUGGCGCCGCGGGCCUUGGAGCCAGCAUCUACGGCGCAAGUGAAUACCUCGUGAAACCCAUGCUGGCCACCCUCACAAGUGCCCGGCACGACCUCGCCCAAACCGCCGAGGAAAACCUCAAGAAACUCAACGAGAAGCUCGAGGCAAACGUCUCCCGGAUCCCCCCCGAACUUCUGUCCUCCAAACGUCCCGACCCCACAGCAGCCAUCAUCGACGACAACGACGACGACGACGACGACACCCCCGAGGCAGACGUCGAAUCCAUCACCUCCGACCCGACGGAGCUCUUCCACAGAGACAUCGGCACGCAAACAUCCCAAGAGCUUUCUCCGCCCCAUGACCAGCGCGGGUCGCAACAGUCAUCCACCACCACCACCACCACCACCGACGCCGCCGCCGCCACCGCCGCAAAAGACCCAGCCGACCCAGACCCCACAGCAGCCGUAACAACACACCAAAAACGCCUGGAGACCAUCGGCUCCCGUCUGCGCGACUUCGCCGACGCCCAGAACCAAUCCACCACCCUCGAGGACACCACCCGGAGCCGCCUCGCUGAUCUCCAGCGUUACCUGGAUGGCCUGCUCUACAGCAAGAACACCUACAGCGCGACAGCAAGCUACGGCGCAUACAGCGCGACUUCUACUCCUCUCGAGGCGGUCAGCGCCACGACCCCAGGCGUAGGCAAGGGCGAGGAGGAAGCAAUCUCAAGCGUGAGGGCGGAAAUCCGUGGCGUGAAGGGCGCUUUGCUCAGUGCGAGGAACUUUCCUACAAGUCGUCGGGGUGGGAGAAUCGCGGGUGUCUCGUCGUAUGUAAAGUAAACCCCCGCCCCCCUUCCCCCUUUUCUCCUUUUCUUGUAUAUGAAAUGAAAUGCAUGCGUGAUAGUUAAAUUUUCUUUUUUUUUUUUUUUUUUUUUCUUUU